AGUUAAGAAAAAUUUUCAAACAAAUUGACGCAGAAAAAUCCCCAUGGUAAAAUUAAACAAUUUUAAAAAUUUUUCUUAACUUUUUGGCGGUACCCCUCGCUAAGAAUAGAAAAUUUUCCAGGUUAACAAGUGUGCUGAAUACGAAAAAGCACUUUGCUUUAACUCUAAAUGAACUUUAAUUUUUUGUCGGUGAUAUGUUUUAAUGAUAUUUAUCUUUUCUAUGACUUUUCAUUAUUAUCUAGUUUAUCUUGAUGAAGCCUGAUACAUAGAUUUUUUAUCGAGAUAAAAAUGUCAUUAACAGGAUAAGCAAAAUAUCUUGCUGUAACAGUGUAACACGCUGUAUCUUAACAAUGCGUUUAUCGUGGUAAGACUCCAAGUACCAGACUAUCAAAAUAUAUUCGAAUAAAAAAUACUAUCUUAAUUAGCCGCGAAGUAAAUAUAAUCUCGUAAAUGCUGUAACUAUCUCCAUACUCAAAGCAUCUAAAUUUAGCGCUACAGAAAUUAAUAAGAUGUAUCAGUUUACAUCGUGUAAUAUAUAGCAUAGUUAUAGCGAUCAACAAUAUACACGGAUGUAUAGUAACCCCUCGAUACCUGGAUAAAAACAAGCUAUCGGUUUCCAGUGCGAUAAACAUGAUUUAUCUGCCGGCAGGCAAUGUUUCAUCGCUACCGCGAGCUAUAUUUCUUACCGCGAUCUAAUUCCGUGUUUUAUUGUCUAGAUAAAAGAAAGCCUCACCUACACAAUAAUUCUGUCUAGAUACAACUCGAUACAACGAUAACUAGCUGUAUCGGGAAACCUAUUUUUACGCAAGAAGCAGGAAACUUCUUUCAAUAACGUACACAGCAGAACAAAUUGAAAUAGCCCUAUAGAUCUCGUAAGUAAACUUAUCGGAAAGAACAGGAUAUUUAUAGACACAUUGUCAAUUUCUAGCGGUGUAAAGUUUGAGAAAGAUUGAAUGCAUUGAAAGGAUGGAAAUAUUUUUCACUAAAGAAUGAAUUUAUGGCAUGGAAAACAGCUUUUAUUUGUAACCUAAUUUUUACAUUUAAAUUGGACAAUGUUUUUGCUUAACUAGCAAUCGAACGAUUCACACUUGAAAUUGAUUUCAAUGAAAAGAGUCAUCUGUAUUGCUAAAACAAUGUGUUCAAAUGGGGCGGCAACUUUUUCAAAUAUUUUACCCUCUAUUCAACAAUGAGUUGUCGUCUUGCUUCCAACAAAACGAAAAAAUUAAUUUUAUUGGAAUCAAGAUACCAAACUUCAUUCUCGAAUAAUGCAAAUUAAAAACAGCUCACUUUUAACCGAUAUAGACGAUUUAACUCUUUGUUUUCUAUUUGUUCAAGUUUUGCAGUCUAUACUAAAAUGAUGUUUCUUGGUUUAUAGGCUCGAAACGAACAUUAGAGGGCUCAUUAGCUGGUCUUCUAACUCAGUUUUUCUUUGUUAUCUGGUUAUGGGCAUUUGAUAUUAUACCCUAUACUCGACGAAAUUUAAUUCUUAUUUCGACAGCAAUUACAUUCAGUAGUCAAAUGGAAGCAUUUUCUCGCGAUAUAGACAAUUUAACUCUACCAAUAUGUCUAUUUCCAUUUCUUUACAUGUGUGAUACUACCACUAUAACCACGGCUACGAACUUAUCAUUAACCGCAAACAAAUAG